AUGGUUAUAAUGGAAAGAAAAAGCUAUAACAGAGCUUUGGAAGAAUACGUUAGAAGAACAGAAUGUGAGCGAGUUAAUAAAAGCAUUGUCACAAGCGUAGACAGAAGAGUAAAAAAACUUGAACGAGCACCAUUAAGUUCCGCAUUAACUUUUCUUAAACGAUCGCAUAACCCAAACCCAGCAAUUCCAAGAAUAUUUGCUUUUGCAAAAAUACAUAAGGAAGGCAAAGAGGUCAGACCAGUGGUGGAGAAAUGCAGAGGGCCCACGUACAUUUUGGAAAAACGUUUACAUAGAUUCAUUUCGGAUCAAUUAUUGAACAGUGAUCUUGUUGCGAAUAACCCGACCAUUGUCGUUAAGGAGUUGCAAGAGUUAAGUUUAAUGGAUGAAGAAGUUGGGUCCGUUAUGGAUUUUGAAAGCCUGUAUCCGUCGAUAAGGAUAGAAUCAUGUUACGAAGCUUUAAUCGAAUUUAUGCUCCGCAUAAAACCAGAAAUUGGUGCAUUUGAGAAUGAUUUAAAAGAAUUAGCCAAUUUGAUAUGUUAUGAGUCCUUCUUCAGCUAUGACAAGCAAGUAUACAGACAGAAAAAAGGCGUACCGAUAGGAAGCCCAAUGUCAGGGUUGUUAUGCGAACUGGUUUUACGCAACUUAGAAAAACAAGUUGUUAAUAGCUUCAAAAAAGAUAUUGUAUUCUACAAAAGAUAUGUGGACGAUGUGUGCAUUAUAUGGAGAAACGGCGAAAGAGUACACGAGUUUAUACAGGUUAUUAACAACACCAACAAGGAUGGUUUGAAACUAAAACUAGAGCAGAAAAGUCACGAAAGAAUACAUUUUCUAGAUAUAGAUAUACAAUUAAAAGGAGAUGGCAUAACAACGAGCAUUUACAUAAAACCUACGCACAAUCCUCUUUACAUACCAGCUAAUUCGAAUGACCCGCAUGAAUACAAAAUGUCAGCAUUUCGAGCACUAAUUAGGAGAGCGUUUACUCAUUGCUCCAAUAGAUUGGAUAGGAAUAAGGAGAUAGACAGAAUUAAAGAAGUAGCUACAAAUUUGGGUUUCUGCAGAAGUACAAUUGAAGGGCUAGUAAAAAGUUAUGAAAGAGGAAAGAAACGAAGAACUGGAACAGAUCAAUUUAAAAUCACAAAAUUUACGUAUAAUAAAAACAUCAAGGACAUCAUGAAGCAAAUUUCAGAUAAAAAACGAUCCAAAAUUGUUUACAAAAGAGGUCCUAACUUAUACAGUAUACUUAGAAACGACAAAGACAGGCUUAAGAAAGAAGAAACAGCGGGCGUGUAUAAAAUUCCUUUUGAAAACCAACAGCUAGGAAUUAUGAAGGACUAUAUUGGGGUUACUAGACGAAAUUUGGCUAUUAGGCUUAAAGAACACAGAUAUGACAUUAGUAAAGGACAUUGCACCACGAUUUUGUCAAAUAUGGCACAAGCGGAGGCGUCUGGAUGCUGA